AUGGCAUUCGAUAGGUGGGAGGAAAUAUCGAAUUUGAAGUUUGAAAAUGUGCAAAACCCUUACAGGAAAAAGCCUGAUAUUACCAUAACUGUUAUUCGAAAAAAUCACAAUUUCCGAGCAGACUGCCAAGGCACUUCCAAGUGUCCACAUAAUUUCGACGGCCCUGGAAAAGUUUUAGCUCAUGCAUAUUUCCCAAAUGAAAACAGCAAAUGUGUCGAGAUUCAUCUUGAUGCAGAAGAAAAAUGGUAUCUUGGAAAUAGUACUUCUCCUGAUGGCCAAACUAAUUUAUUGAUGGUCCUGAUUCACGAAAUCGGCCAUGCUCUUGGGCUGGGCCACAGUGGCGUCAAUACAUCUAUUAUGUAUCCUUGGUAUCAAGCAAGUCCAGCAUCAUUCGAUAUAGAUGAUAAGAGGGCGAUAGAAUAUUUGUAUGGUCAAAAAACUGAAAACAAUCGACGAACUUCAACAGCUCCGACAACUAAAUCGCAAAAAGCAAAAUCCUGGCACGUAGAUAGCCCAACCACAGUUUUGGCAGUGCUCCCAACCAAACCCCAGAGCGUAGACAUUCCUAGCAUAACCUCAAAGCCACCGCUGAUAACUACAACAAAAUUAUGCGAAAUUCAAGUGCCAGAUUUUAUGUUUCUAGCUACAGCACCCCAGUUUUCAAACUAUCGCAUGUAUGUAGGAUGCAAUAGAUUUUUGUGGAAAAUCGAUUUGAUCGAUAUGUGUCUCAAAGAGCAACGACGCUCAACAGAACCAACCGACAUUCUGAAGCCAGGAACAGGUCCUUGGUUGUACAUUUUGCUGGCCGCUGGAUCGACGCUUAUCGUCGCAGCAGCCAUCGGAGCCAUCAUUCUUGCCGUGAGAAGAUUCAGGGUGGACAGUCCCGUGAGGAACUCCAGGUCGAGAAGUCCGAAAAUGGAAGAGAGCCCUCACACUCCUCACGUGCAGCCACUGUAUACGGACACAAUCUCUGAUGAUAACAAUCCGGAUCUCAUACCGGAUGCUCCAAAUAAUGAAGCUCUUCUAAACGCAACGAUAGCCCCCUACACCAUAAUGGCCCGUCCGUCGAGCAAGCGAAACUGCGCCACCCAAAUGCCCGUGAAGCCGUACCACGUGACGUGGGCCCCCAUGUUGCAGUCGCGAAACUGCUCUACCCAAACCCCCCCGCCGCACAAGGAAAGUUCUGUCUAG